AUGUGUCCCAGUGUGCCAGCAGUGAUAUUGCAUGUCACUAUUCCAUAUCUCACCAUCAGCCGGCCACAACCUCGCCACCGCCGCCUCACAAAAACAGGCUUUUGUGCCAGCAGUGAUAUUGCAUGUCACUAUUCCAUAUCUCACCAUCAGCCGGCCACAACCUCGCCACCGCCGCCUCACAAAAACGCAUCGUCAGUGGCAACAACUUCACAAGACAUUUACCGAACAUCGCCGAGAAAACACCUGGCAUCCGUGGAGAAUAUCCGCUACUGGUUCGACAAGAAUCCAACUCUCACAGAUAUGCCGAAGGUUCAAAUUGACACCGACAUCCGCCAGCUCUUUGCAAUUGGAAAGUUGGAUGAUUUUGAAAAGAUGCGAAAAGAAAAUGAUUUAAGUCUGUCAACACUUCGUGGGAUGGAGGCACGAGUGAAAGAAAGAAUUAGACGACUGAGGAUGAUGUCAACGUCAGAGCUAAUAAAGAGUGUUGAGUACAGCACACUCAAGGAGCUGGCUAUGAGUGUAGAGAAUCUCGGAAUCUGUCUCGAUGAAGAAAACCGUCUCCUGGCUGCGUUCUGGAUGUCCGAGUUGCCACCUAUAAAUGCUCGUGGUGAAUUCUAUGAUUCCAAGCUGGCUGCCGAGAACGACAGCCUAAAGGGUGAGCUGGUGCGACUCAAGUCGAAGUACGACUUUGCGAACCGAAUGAUUCAGAGCACGGAAGAACGACUGCACGCGACAAACAAACGGAGAGAGAACAUGGAGCAUGCUGUCUUUAAACAACUGAAUAAGACGGCCAAGGUGUUGUCGCGGGCCAACGCCAACAUGCUGCGCAAUGUGGAGGACGCCGGCACCGACACGAAGAGAUGAUAGCGCAGCAAGCGGAGCCGUGAACUGUGAUGACGCACACAGGCUCAUGUCACAGCCAGGGACAGAGGCUGAGUGAAGACGUCAAUCAGUUCACGAGUUACGAGUAGUGUGUGUCCUGUGUUUAAAUGUGUAAAUAAUCAUGUUUAUCAGUAGUGUCGAGUGUGAGGCAUGAUCAGUGUGUACAAGUCAUGUCGAGUCUGUACGAGUCAUGUCGAGUGUGUACAAGGCAUGAUCAGUGUGUACGAGUCAUGUCGAGUGUGUACAAGUCAUGUCGAGUGUACGAAAAAAUUAUAGCUGUGUGGACAGUGGGGAGGCCAGAGUCUCGGAGUAUAUUUGGUGUACAUAUUUCCUAGAUAUACUUUGUAUUAUAGGAUAAAAUGCUGCAUUUUGAGAAGAAUCAAAACCCUGUUUUAUUGUAAUAUGUCAAAUGCUUCCAUUCAGUAUCAGAUGUGUAUCUUUUGAACAAAUAUUUUGUAGGAUUUUGGGCAUCAUAUGACUUGUUGGUAUUAUGUGAAUAGUAAUUAUACCCCAGAUCUCCCCUAGAAUAAAAUUUAGUUAUUUACAUAAAAAUGUCUGUAAUGCUAAAAAAAAACCCCACAAAAACCCAUAUGAUCUAUAGAAAUAUAAAAUAUUUGUGAUUACAAACUAGAACAGAAACAGUUGGGAGCCGCGUUCCACGAAGCAAUCUUAGUGCUGAGAUCACCUUAAGUGCAUAAGGUAGCUAUGACUUAAGUUGAUCUUAGUGUUAAGAUCAGUUCAUGAAACAGGGCCAAGAACCAUGAAAAAGGAAAAUUGAAAUGAACUUAAUACACAUGAAGUUCAAUCACAAAAUACGCACCUCGCCUGCGAGUCGGUCACAACUUGUGAUAUUUGUCUUCCGAUGAACAUUGGUGUUACUUCUCCGAGAUGGAGUUUUCAAGUGAAGCAGGAGAUGCUGGUGCUGACUCAAGUUGGUGGUGAUGUCCUCGUGAACUCAGUGUUGUCAGUCUUUCAGAAUGAGGCUGUCUUCCUCUUUCCCACACAUCGGCCGUCGUGGUCAGUCUUCCAGAGUUGAACACACAACGUAAUAAUAGGACAUCUAUUAUUAAAACUAAAUAUGUUUAUCGCUGUAAUGCUCUUCCAUUUAGAAUCUGUUGUGCAAGUGACAUCACAUUAUUGCUGUAUGUGAUGUCUGGUGAUGUCCGAUUGCUGUAUGUGAUGCCUGGUGGUCUUGUUUUAAAGAUCAUUAAAUGAUUGCUGUAUGUGAUGUUUUAAAGAUCUCCAUUGUGUAGUCGAUGAGCUUGCAAUGUGUUUUAGGUAAACACUUCAGUUUUAACAGGUCAUUAAAUAUACAUUUAAAUGUUUGUUCUUUUAAAACUAUAUACCAAUAGGAUGGAGGAUACAACCUUUUACCUACACACAUUCCACGUUUAUUACAUUAUUAUUAAACCAAAUUUCUCCACGUCCUUGCCUCUAGGUCUGUAUGCCUGGAGCUUGUGUGAGGACACAAGUUAGGGGUUACAUCAAAAGUUAGGUGAUAGGGAGAGCUAGGGCCCUUUUGAUUUGAGAUUAGUCAUAGCCCCACUUCUUGCCCUUAAUCACGUGGUUUCACAUAGGCUUAUAUGUAGGUGAUACUAUUCAUCAGUCUCCAAUUCCUAAAACUUACCUUUAUGCUGGGAGGAGGGGGGGGGGGGAUUUGAGAACUGAGAAUGAGGUGGACCUUCCCUUCUCCUCAUUUCCAACAUACAUAAAUGUUCAGUUUACAACCUAUAUUAUAUUGUCAAUAUUUUAAUUUGUUAUGUAAUCAUAUGUAUAAACUUUUUUUAAAAACCUCUUUGAUAAACUCUUUAAAUUUCUUGUAAAUAAAUUUUAUGUAGUAUUUUUAACUCAUCAUUUGUAUAAACAUUUUUAAUCUUUUGCAUUAACAUUGGGGUUGUUUGUUUUUUUGUGUUUUUUUUUUUGGGGGGGGGGGGGUUCACUCUCCCAUUCCCUUUCAUUCUGAGUAGUUGCUGGCCCUGAUCAAAAAUUGUGCAGUGAGCAUACAUACAUACAUGCAUACAUACAUACAUACAUGCAUGCAUACAUACAUACAUCCAUGCAUGCAUACAUACAUACAUGCAUACAGCAGUCCAUAGUAACAUACCAGACAUCACACUCACAGGCCAACAUUACAGUGAGUACAAUCGAGUAGUGAAGAGCAAACAUAUAUCGUUCAUUUGUUUAUUUCUAACAGUUUCUUACUACCAACUGGGCUGUUUGUAUGCUUUGUUAACCGGAGCUUUAUAGCUUAUAAUUAUUAUAGUUAUACUUAGCGGGAAACAUUUGGACUUUGUUGAUAUAAACACAACUCUACUAUUGUUACUGUUUAUUUUAAACUAAUUAAGCUGAUGAUAAAACAUUGUGUGGACACUGAUACCAGACUACGGUGGUUCUUCAGACUUUGUCUGUGUGGUUGAGGUGGCCCAGUGUCGUGUUUGGUAUUGGUAUUCUCUGUUGGGUUGUAACAAACCAGACACAUGCUGCUUUCAUUGAAUACCUGUAAAUGUCCUCUCUUCAUUAUCAUAAACAGAAUGUUUUACAUCAAGACAUUUUCUUGUUUGUUGUUGUUAUGUUAUAAGAAUUGGGGACCAAAUAUUUACAUUAAAUAUAAAUGUGAAUUAUUUUAUGUGUACUGUUACUGUGUUUGCAUUAAUAAGUCUACUCGCUAUAGAUUAUGUAAACCUGUGGAUUAUGAUUAUUAUAGUUAAUGAAAAAUGUACUGUAGUGCAUGUGCAAACUUUGCUGUUAAUAAAGUGUAGUUUUGUGUUCAGUGACAUUUGCUUGCUUGUUUAUUAGUCUCCUACUGGUCUGUCUGUCCAUCUGUGCCAUAAUCAGUUUUCUGGAGGUCUCAAGAUACUCAGCUGAAAUUUUGUGUAUAGCUUUAUUAUGUACUGUUACACAUCAAGUUUCACUAAUUUUUGACAGAUAUGGCCCUUGAACUUAAGAACUAGAACAAAUAUUUUUCCGACUUAUUUUUCAUAAUGCCUCAAGAUGUGCAGCUGAAAUUUUUUUUGUAUAUUUAUAAUUUAUAAUAUACUGUUACAGAUCAAGUUUGACUUUCAUAGCAAUUUACACAUUUUUGACAGUUAUGGCCUUGAACUAAGGAGAUAAAAAAAAUAAGUUGGGCCCGGUAGGGGACAUGUAUUGCUUUAGCAGUCCUCUCCGAAUGCUUGUUAUUUUCACUGUUAGUGUAAAUACCAGUAAUUCUAGUGUUUGGUGUUGUGGGGUGCAAAUGUGUUUAAGUGUAGAAACAGAUUAUUGUUUUGUGUAAAUAUAGACAAUCUAAUCCUCAGUACAACUUGUAAGCUGUCCUGUUAACACUGCUGUCUUGUAGUGCUUGCUUGUUGUAAACAACCUGCAACCAGGUUUAAAAAUGAUGUACAAACUGGUGCCAAAGCAGUAUAUUUUAGUUUGGAAGCUAUACAAAUAUUGUUUCCCAAUAAAUUGAUGAAGCAACAUAUCACUAACCGACUUGGUAAUAUGGAAAUUAAGAAUUCAUGGUUGAGGUUAGAUAUUUUGUGUUAACGUUUUAGAAGCUAAUAAUGCUGCAUACUAAUAAUGUGGAUGUUUGUAUUUAUUGAAGACAUUAAAUUUGUCAUAGAUUAACUUGCAGAAUGGCAAAUUUAACCUAAGUGUUGUCUAUUGGCUUAAACAUUAUUUUAUAUGAAUUUCUGUUAUAUUUGACACAAAUAUAAUUAUAGAUGCCCUCCAGUAUUUAUUUAAUUUGACCAAAUAAAAAAAAGACAACACAAUAACAUGUAAAUGCUGGAUACAAUGUCAUGCUUGGAAUAAACAAUGGUCUCAACUCCAUAUAAUCAAAUAUGUUGUUUGUUUCUGCACGUCAUGAAAGCAUAAUCUUUACAUAUGUAUAAGAUCUUUCCCUAGAUUAUACCUACAUUAACUACAGUAUCCAUGCAGUGAACUCUGGCAGAACUAGAUCACAAAAUGACCCAGAUAAAAUGUGCUCAUUUAAAACACGAUUAUUUGGUAAAUAAACAUUUAGUUAUGUACUAAGUGAAAUAAUUUCCAUUUGUCACUUGCUAAAAGCUUAUAACAACACAUUAUUUUAUCCGAGUCAAAUUGAUACCAAAUGUAUACAUAUGAACAUGUGCAUAGUGAGAAAUUUAUGAAAAGAAUUUCAGUUGUUACAUUUUAUUGUUCUUGGCACAUUCAUAAUCCUGACUAUUAACUUGAAAUUUUUUUCAAUGAUCACAAUGCACAGAGGUUGUUAAUUUCACAAACCCCCCCAAAAUAUCGAUGUUGGUCACAUCAAUACUAAUUACAAGUUCUGCUUCACAUUACGUUAUGGUUUACAUCUCUAUCUUUAUAACACAUUUUAAAAUAUAUUGAUCUGCUUAUUUAUCUUUUUUUCAGCAGUACAUGGGACUAUUAAAACAUUUCUUGGUUUUAUGCAACAUCUUGUAAUGCAUUUCAUUAUUAUUAAACACAUACCUGAAAUAAAGAAUUAUCAUUUUU